GUCAACUAAUCGGUAAUUUGUCACUUGACUGUAUGCAGAUGCCAGAUGGACAAGGGAACCAUCUGUGUCAUUUUCCAAAUCUCAAUCUUCUCCAUUUUUUCUAUUAAACUUUGAAAAUUGAUUCCCCCAAUUUUCCAUACAUCACUCCCAAUGCUCAUAACCUCUCAUUAAUUUAUUCAUUUCAAUACUAUCAACAUUAGAAACCACCUGCAACAAGUUAAAAUUUUAUCAUUUUAGUUACUCGAGGAGCUUCGAUUCCAACAAGAUUAAACAAAAAACACAACAUUUUGUCUUCAGAACUGUAGAAACCAACCUCAUUCCAAUUUUAACUCAAGUGUCCCUUUAUUUUAGGUUUUUUUGCAAGAAAUCUUUCUAGGUAUCGCGUGUUUGCAGUGAAAGAUCUAAAGGGCCUUGUUUUUUGGGGAAAAUUUUAUGCGGGUUUUGUCGGAAUCAAUCGUAGUUAACAGAAUGAAGUUUGUCAUUAUGCUGGUGGUUUUGUUUAGGGUUUCUAUUUCAAUGGUGGGUGCUUCGGAUAGCCUUCUUUCUCCAAAGGGCGUCAACUAUGAAGUGGCUGCAUUGAUGUCUAUGAAGAAUAAAAUGAUCGAUGAAUAUCAUGUUCUUGAUGGAUGGGACAUCAAUUCUGUCGAUCCUUGUACUUGGAACAUGGUCGCUUGUUCUUCUGAGGGUUUUGUAAUUUCUCUUGAAAUGGCUAGUACUGGAUUGGGGGGAACAAUAUCACCAAAUAUUGGGAAUUUGGCACAUCUUCAUACAUUGUUACUACAAAACAAUGCAUUAUCUGGUUCAAUUCCAGCUGAAAUUGGAAAACUUAGAGAAUUAGAAACUCUUGAUUUAUCAAGUAAUGAGUUUGUAGGCGAAAUCCCAAGUUCAUUGGGAUCCUUGACUCGUUUAAGUUAUCUGAGGCUCAACAAAAACAAGUUGUCAGGGGAUAUUCCUGGACCUGUGGCAAACCUCACAGGUCUUUCAUUCUUGGAUGUGUCAUUCAAUAAUCUCAGUGGUGCUUCUCCAAAAAUAAGAGCUAAAGACUACAAGAUUACAGGGAACAAUUAUCUUUGCACUUCAUCCUCAUUAAAUUGUAUCAAUGUCCCCAAAGUGGCUAAUGAAGCUAAUUCAAACAAGAAAAUAAACAACAAGCACCAUUGGAUUGUGUCUGUUAUGGUGGGAGUUAGUUGCACAUUUGUGAUUUCUAUUAUGCUUCUUGUUUGUGGGGUCCACUGGUAUCGAUCUCGCCUUAUAUGUACAUCUUAUGUGCAACAAGAUUAUGAAUUUAAUGUGGGGCAUUUGAAAAGAUUUACAUUUCGUGAAUUGCAAGUGGCAACAGGGAAUUUUAGUUCCAAGAAUAUUUUAGGACAAGGGGGAUUUGGAGUGGUUUACAAAGGGUGUCUUGUAAAUAAGACUUUGGUGGCUGUGAAAAGACUAAAAGACCCUAAUCUCUCGGGUGAAGUGCAAUUUCAGACUGAACUUGAGAUGAUAAGCUUGGCAUUACAUAGGAAUCUUUUACGUCUUUAUGGGUUUUGUUUGACUUCGGAUGAAAGAUUACUUGUUUACCCUUAUAUGCCUAAUGGAAGUGUUGCAGAUCGAUUGAGAGACUGUGGUCAUGAAAGGCCAAUUUUGGAUUGGAGUCGACGGAUGCAUAUUGCACUUGGAGCUGCAAGGGGACUUGUGUAUUUACAUGAACAAUGUAAUCCGAAGAUAAUCCAUAGAGAUGUAAAAGCUGCAAAUAUUUUGUUAGAUGAGAAUUUUGAAGCCGUUGUUGGUGAUUUUGGUCUCGCUAAGUUGUUAGAUCCCCGCGAUUCACACGUCACAACUGCUGUUCGUGGUACUGUGGGCCACAUCGCACCGGAAUAUCUCUCCACUGGACAAUCUUCGGAAAAAACAGAUGUUUUUGGAUUUGGGAUUCUUUUGUUGGAACUUAUAACGGGUCAAAAGGCAUUAGAUGCAGGAAAUGGUCAACUUCAAAAGGGAAUGAUUCUUGAUUUGGUUAGAACUUUAUAUGAAGAAAAACGACUACAAGUAUUAAUAGAUCGAGAUCUUCAUGGUUGUUAUGACAAAGAAGAGCUCAAUGAGGCUGUAAAACUUGCUCUUAUUUGCACUAUUGCACAACCAAAUUCUAGACCAAAAAUGUCACAAGUUAUGAAGGUUCUAGAAGGCCUUAAGUUUCUAAUAAAAACCCUUUUCAUCUCCCUUCGCCCUCAUUUCUGCUCUUACAUCGACACCCCUGCGCCGCCGCACUCUUCCGCAACUACAAUGGCGUCAGAGAGGAAGCUAGCUAAUCCAAUGAGGGAGAUUAAGGUUCAGAAACUGGUUCUGAACAUCUCCGUUGGUGAAAGUGGUGAUCGUCUCACUCGUGCUGCUAAGGUUUUGGAGCAACUCAGUGGCCAAUCCCCCGUCUUUUCCAAGGCAAGGUACACUGUGAGGUCUUUUGGGAUCAGGCGUAAUGAAAAGAUUGCUUGCUAUGUAACUGUUAGAGGAGACAAAGCAAUGCAGCUAUUGGAGAGUGGAUUGAAGGUUAAGGAAUAUGAACUGUUGAGGCGCAAUUUCAGUGACACUGGUUGCUUUGGAUUUGGUAUCCAGGAGCACAUUGAUCUUGGUAUCAAAUACGAUCCUUCAACUGGAAUCUAUGGAAUGGAUUUCUUUGUGGUUCUUGAAAGGCCAGGAUACCGUGUGGGAAGACGCCGUAGGUGCAAGGCGCGUGUUGGGAUCCAACACAGAGUUACAAAGGAUGAUGCAAUGAAGUGGUUUCAGGUUAAGUAUGAAGGAGUUAUCCUCAACAAAUCCCAACAAAUUGGAGCAUAAGAGAUUUUCUUAUAUCCAUUUUGUCUUUUUUCAAUCUGACUAGUUAUGGUGUUGUUUUUUAUUUGUUUAUGUUAUGGUAGUGGGUGUUUUAGGCAGGAGGUUAUGCAAUUCCCUUCCGUUUUGCUCAAAUGUUUUCUAUAAGAUUCUUGAGAUAAUGUUUUUGUUUUGGUAUCAUUUACAGAAAAUUUGCACUGUUUGACAGUUUUUCCAUUUGAAAAUUUGUAAACAAAAGGUCCAAAAUAGUUUUAGUCUUGGAGCUCUUGGUAAUGAUGCUAAUGUUUGGAACUUAGUUAAGUAC